GGCAGUCUUAUUAAGGAUAAACUGACCAAAGACCAGCUGCAAAUGUUCGAAAAAAUAAUUUUUGGUCCAUUGCUGAAUGUGAACAUGGUCUUUAACGGCCAGUUGAUCCAUCAUUUCUUGCUGAGGCAGAUACCUGAAGACGGUAACGCAGAUGGAAUCUGUUUCUCAGUUUUGGGGAAGAACGUCCGUUUUAUCCAAAAGGAAUUCAACAUCAUAACUGGAUUGUGGCCAACAAACAAUCCAUUGGAGAAAGAUUGCGAUAGCAAGCGCCUACAAAGUCUUCUAUUCGGAUCAGAAAAUAAGAAACUAAUAACAUGCUUGGAAAUUGAGGAAAUUUUCAAGAAUUUUGAGUUUACAAAUGAUGACGAUGCUGUGAAGGUCGCCUUGGCCGUCUUUAUAGAAACUGUGAUGGUCGGGAAGGAUAAGAAAACACAGUUUGACAUGGAUACUUUGGGAAGAGUUGAUGAUGAAGAAGCAUUUAAAAGCUUCGAUUGGUCAACUUUCUUCUACACUCGUCUGCUCAACAGUUUAAAGACAAGUCUCCAAGGAAAAAAAGAAGCAUACGAGCUGAAGAAGACACGAAGUUCCAAAGCAGUGUCAUACUACAACAUCAAAGGCUACGUGCUUGCUUUUCAGGUGUGGGCUUAUGAAGUACUCUCAACUGCAAAUGAGCACCUGGCCACAAGAAACAGUAAGGGAUUAAUCCCUAGGAUAUUGAGAUGGAAUUGUACGCAAGCUCCAUCUUACAAAAUGCUGCAGAAGAACAUAUUCGACAACAAAAAUACUGUUGUUCAACCUAAACUGAAGAUGUCAACCCAAGAGAAAGCUUUCAUGGAGAGUCGAAUUCGAGGGGAUGAUAACAUGCAAAUGGAGGACGAUGAAUCCAUUGGAGCAAUCAGACUCAUCUCUACAAAGAGAACAACUGUCACCCCAAAGAGAACAAAGUCAAACAGUGGCUGACGAGUCUGAAAUGCAUCCAAUCACCAAGAAGAAACAUUUCAGAUCAAAGAAGUCCAAUGACAAAGAAGAACAAAGUCAUUUAAAAUCCUACAAGAAACUGAAGAAGGAAAUAAAAGAAGUUCGUAAGGAUUUAUCCACACUGACUUCUAUAGUCUGUAGGAUGGAUGACACAAUCACAAAGCAGUCGUUGGACCUGUAUGAAAUGAAGCAGAUACUGGAGAGAUUGGUCCAGAAUCAAACUGAAAAUCAAGGGAAUGAUCAUACUGAUCAGAAUGACAAUGAGUAUGUUGUUCAAGAACAACAUACUGAACAACAACCUACUGAAGAACAACAUACUGAACAUCAAGAGGAAACCCAAAGGGAACAUCAACAGGAAUGUGGUAGUGAUAUAAGCAUAGACGGUAGGGAUGCAGACUUGCUAAUGACUAUAAAAGAUAUAUCGGAUAGUCUAAGUCAUCAAAUUCAGAAAGAAACAGACUUGCCACAAAUGAUUACUAGU